AUGCGCCUGCUCGCAUGGAGGGGACGGCCACCCCUCAAACCACCACCACCGUUACGGACGCCAGCCGGGUCCUGUCGCCCCUCGUCAACGUGGGCAUCCCUGCGUGCCUCUUCUGCCACCACCCGUGCCGCCGGGGUGGUCGGCGCCGAGGAUACCGUUGCGGAUGAGCUCGACACGAACCACGGCGCAAACGGCGCAACACGACCGCGACCCCGAUCAGUCCCAACCACCUCCUUCUUUACGCGCAUCUACCAUCGAUUCGGCUCCACCCCAGCACAAGCAAGCGCGGCUCCGUCGCCUCCUCCCGCGCGACCGGAGCAGCUGCUCGAGCGGUUGCUGUCGUCGCUCCCUCGCAUGGCCAAUUCGGCCUCGGCGGUACGACUGCAGCACCGAUCCCGCGACGACGUACGGCAAGAGCUCUAUGCCUGGAAGAGGGCCUGUGCAGCCGCCUACGUCGCUCUCGAUGGCCCCUUGCGCGAUACGCAGUCGCUGCAGCUGCACGAACGCAUCAUCAAGGUCGUCGCCCAUACCCUAAGAUUGCUCAUUCGCACAGAUCAGGUCCACGCCGCGGCCGAACUCGACAAGGCCUUCUUCACCUCGUCUCCGAACGUCGUCGUUCCUUUCCCACUCUUGCUCAAUACCCAAGCCGCGCGCGCGAUUGUGCAGCAGCACCAGCAAGCUCGCCAUACCCACGCCCAAGCUCGCCAUCACCGAAGCAGCUCCGCGGAUGCCGAUCUCAACACCGGCGCAGACUGGCUCUCGACGAGUGGGCUAGGAUUGGGAUUGUACAGAGGCAACAUCAGCAUGGCGUGGAUGCAAGCUUUGGCGCUACGACUCGACUCGCGCGCCUUCGAGACCCUCGACAGCUUUGGCCAGUUGCUCGCGCUGCUACACGACGAGCAGGGGCAUACCCCGCAAGGGAUCGACCCGCACAUCGUCGCCUUUCUCGUUCGGAAAGCACCCCAACUCGAGAAGCGGCUGUGUGAGCUCGGGGCAAGCGAGGAGGUCGCCCGCGCCGAGAUGAGUCGCCUCAUCCUUGCCAUUCGCAAUCGCACCGAGUUUGAGAACGAUCUUGUCGUGCGCCUCUCGGUCGUCGAAUCGGCGCUACAACGGCUAGAGCAAGGUCUAUGGGACCAGGAUUUGUUCAAUCAGGUGGAACGGGACGUGCGUACGCUCAUCGACGAGACCGAGGACACGGGUAGCGCCGAGCUGGGAGCUGCCGAGGACUUUGACGAUCUUCAACAAGAGCCCCUGAAGACGCACGCCAAAUCUGUGGCAGCAACCCCGAUCGAAUUGGUGCAUCAACGCGCACAGAUCCUCUCUGCUUCGAUCCGAUUCGUCCUCUACCGAGGGCAAGCCGCCCUCGCUUCCGAUCAUGCGAUGGAUGAUGCUCGAGCGCUGCACCGCACUCGGAUGCAGUUUCGUCAAUCGAUCUCGACGGCGACGCAACUGUACGAGAAGCUGUUGCAGCUCACUCCUCUCGUAUCACAUUCACCCCGAGAACUCGGGACGAUGCGCGAACGUCAAUCCGGGGCAUUGUACCGGAUCUUGUGGGCCAGCAUUGGAUCGAGCGAUCACGGCCAUCCUAUGCCGACCCCGGACCACGACAAGCACGCGACGAUGACGUGGGAUCCGCAUACGCUGCAACAAGCUCUUCAUGCGGUAUCUCAUACCUGUCUAGCUGUCGUCGACAUCCCCCUCGAUCCAUGCCGUCUAGCUCGGCGUACACACUCGCACUCCGUUCGCUCAGGUCGAGAUCAUCUCCGGACACCCGUUUCCGAUCCACGCAUCAUCGGGAUCUCGACCGAGUAUUGGCGUCAAUUGUUGACGAUUCUAAGCCUCCCCGCCGCUCCUUCACGUCGAUCACCCCCUCGAGCACCGGCGACUCGACCACCUUGGAUCGUACUCAAGCGAACCUUGGAGACGAUGCUCUUGACCCGACAGUACGACGCAUCGAGGCGCCACGUCGAGCCGAGUUCGUCCUCAGCUCGAACGGACCUCGGUCGUUCGAUCCGCCUAUUUGAGAGACCGCUCUUCGUCAGACGCGCGUUUGUACACCACCUCGUCCGUGCGGUUUUACUAGGCGGGUCCGACCCUACUCGAGCCGACGAAAGUACAAUCUCCCAUCGUGUCGAGUGGUUCUUAUCCUGGAUCGAUGCAUGGUGCGAGACGAUCGGGAAUGAGGGGAGGAAGGCUUUGGUGAGGGAGGCGUUUGGGGAGGUGCUGAGGAAAGAGGAAAGGAGUGUGGUCGGGUUUCCGAAGAAGGGGGAGGUGGAGGAGGUGGUGAGAAAGUGGGCGAGGGGGAAGGUCAGUAUUUGGUGGUAGGGUUCUGAUUAACGGGGGGAUGGUCGAGCUGACGAUGGCUUUGACGAGCAGAUCAUCUCGAGUCGUGCUCACAACUCGGAGGGGGUAUGA